GAAAAGCGCUGCGGGCGCGCGCCGUUGUCAUGGAGCGCGCGUCCACGCCGGAGACGCGCCUUGGUGAGCGCGGAACGCGCACUCUACGCCUAAAAGCGCUGCGUUGUGCCGCUGUGCCGGUCGAGUGUGUCAUUCGGCAGGAGAACUUCUCAUCCGGUGAGUGGAAUGAAGUUGGAAUGAAGAACGGAGUGGCUGCAUCUCCGGUUUCCAUCCAUGUGAACGAUGGACGGACCUGUUCUCGACAUGCCUGCACCUGAGUGCGUCGCCGCAGGGGCUCCCCGGACACCUUGGACUCCUGGGUCAUCUGGGAGCUACGCUGGAGAGACAGGAGUGGGCGGACAGAAGCAUGGCUCAGGACUCCAAAUGUGGCCCGACGGGUCCAGAUACGAGGGACAGUUCACCAACGGCCACAAGGAGGGCGUGGGUGUCUACACCUGGCCAGAUGGAGAGGUCUACGAGGGCUCAUUCUACAGAGACUACCGACAUGGUGAGGGUGUGUACCGCUGGCCCGGAGGCUCCAGGUUCGUCGGGAAGUUCUACCUCAACGAAAGGGAAGGCUACGGGACCCAGUAUUUUUCAGAUGGUACUGUUUUCCAGGGCCUGUACCACGCAGAUGAGCUUUUCGGGCCCGGAGUGGCCACCUACCCAGAUGGGCGGCAGGACGUGGGGCUAUGGUUCCGGGGCCGGCUGCUCCAGCUCUGUCACCGCCUGCCAGUGGGGUUCAAGCUCAGGGACUUCCCUGAGUUCACAACCCUGUUCGCCCCUGCCCAGGAGGGGCUGCCUGGCCCUUCGGACCCGCACCUCCGACCUCAUGGCGAGCUGCUGGAAGAUCAGUCCUUUAUGUUCCCUCAUGGGACGAGGGGCUCCUCCACAGCCUCAAACAACCUGUCCGUGUCGCCGGAGCUGCGUGCGGAGCUGGACCGGUGCUUCUUUGGCGCGCGGGGGGGCGACCCGGACGAGGACCCAGCGCUGCCACUCCUGCAGCGGAUGCGUGACCACAUUCAUAGGCACAGGUUCAAAGCGGAAGCCCUGGAUUGGGAUGUGGCUGCUGUCUUGUCAAACGCCCGUGACCGGUUUGGUCCCAGGGGGCCGCUGGAGGAGGGUUCGGAGCAGCUCAUUCUGGGGGCCUCGCGCGGGGACCGACAGAGCGUGCGCAGGACCCUGCAGGAUGGGACGGUUCACCCCGACGUAGGAGACGGCGGUGGCUACACCGCGCUCAUGGCGGCCGCGGUGAAUUGCCACAAUGAUGUGAUCCAGCUGUUGUUGGAUUGUGGGGCAGAGGUUAACAAGGUCACUGCGGAGGGUGUUUCUGCACUGGCCGCCUGCCACGUUCUCUACUACAGCACUUGCUUUCAGCCGCAUACCCCAGACAAGUGCCACCCGGUCGAAACACCUUACCUGAACCGCGCCUGGACCUCAAAGGCGACUGUGACGGACUGCAACCACGAGGUUCACCGUGAUGAGGCUGCAGACCACCGGCAAGAAAAGUCGGACACCGAGGGAUCCGACAGCCCCAGCAGGGACUCAGAGACGGCCCUGGAGUCAGACCUAGAGACGGAACCCGAGCAGGAUGAGCGGAGCACUCCGGUCGACCGUGCCUUGGACUCGGUGCGCUCCUUGGUCGGCCUUCCGAUAAGAGUGACGGAGGAGGUGCUGCAGCGGAGUGCGGAGGCGCUGAGCCGAUUGGGUGUGGGGGCCUUGGGGACUGCUGGUACCAGGGAGACCGUGCGGGAGAUGGCCCUACAAAAGGCACGGAACAGGCAGCUUUGGACCACUAUAGAGCUGCUGUUGUCCAAGGGGUCCGACCCCAACACUUUCAGGUUUCCAGCACCGGCUCUCUUUCUGGCUGUCAAGGCAGGCGACGUGAGGGCCGUGCGGUGUCUUCUGGAGUGCGGAGCCCGCACUGACGUGCCCCUGCCACCGGAGCAAAGGGGCCUGUACCCCCUGCAUGUAGCAGUCGCCCUGCCGGGGUCGGCAGGCCCCUGGAUCACGGAGAUGCUGCUUGACGCCGGGGCCGACCCCGACGCCAGAGCCCAGGACGCCUACGACGCCUUCUGGCUUGACCGGGCGUCUGCCGACAUCCCUAAAGAGGGUGGACGAACCCCGCUGCACGUGGUCUGUCAGAGAGACACAGACUACACUACCGCUAAAGACGUUGUCCACCUGCUCCUGUCCCACAACUCUGACACAAGCCUCCUGUGGAGUGGCCACUCGGCCCUCUCAUUGGCCAUUGCCAGCGGCAACGUUCUCGUGGUGGACGAACUGUUGGCGGGGGGCGCUGACCCCAACCUUCCACUGGCGCCACAUGUGGGCAGCGCUCUGUGUGCUGCUGCCAAUGUCAAUUACAUUCCUGCGCAGCAGCCGCAAAGCAGGGCCAAAUUGGUGGAGAAGCUGAUCAAGGCUGGUGCCAACAUGCUGAUGCCCGUGGUGGUGGGGGAUGGGUGUAAGGCCACUGUGGGCACAGCUGUGGACUUUGCUUACCACUCUUACCUGCAGGACUGGUGCUUCACCUACACACCAUACCACAUGCUCGAUCCAGAGGAAAAGGAGGUCUUCAAAGCUCAGCGCCAGCUUCUGGUCCAGAUGGGGGACCUGCUGCGGCAGGCGGCCGUGAGAAUGGAGCACCAGCGGCUGGAGCAGGAGCACAGCCAGGGCAUCUGCAGUAUCGGUCCUUCAACGAAGUUCUUGUACACUGGAGCAGGGGCAAAGCCCCCCAGCGGGACCGUCCCGGGGCAGGAUGGGUGCACAGCAGGAACACAGACAUGGGAGCAGAGGAAGCCCCUGCUAACGUACUGCUACGAGUGCGGGCGCUCGGUGGGAGUGACGCUGACCCCUUGUAGCCGGUGCCAUGAGGUCAACUACUGCAGUGAGACGUGCAAACUGAAGGCCUGGAGCAACAGGCACCGUGAGGAGUGUGUACGUCUGCCAGGAAGGGCAAAAAGCUCGAAUAGGAGGUCCAAGAAAGCUGCAGGCUGCACAAUGACAACACGUCUCAAGGAGACCGAGAAAAAGGAGAUCAAUCGGGAUGUCAAGGAGAACUACAGCUUCAUCUGAGACGUCAGAGUGCCCCAUGGAGGGAGUUCCAUUAAAAUGUUAACUGCUGUUGAGUCACUGUCCACUCCUGGAGAUCUCAUAUAUCGUUUCUCCAGAAAGUUCCGUCCUCCACGUGUGUCUUUAAUGUUGAAAUCGGUGUGUCCACCAUCAGUGUUAUCGAGUCCAUCCAUCUCGUUUCUGCUCAUCCUCUUCUUCCUCCUCCUCCAGCUUUUCCAGUCAUCACCAUCUUUUUGAGAGAAUCAAAUCUACUUAUGAUCCAAGAAUAACUCAUCACUUGAUCUUCCAGUAAGAGUUUGAUUCGAUCUUCAGCUUUAUCUCCUCACUGCCAGAUCACUUAUUGUUGAUCAAUCAAUCCAACUUCUUCCAUCUUCACCACCGAUUCUGAACUUCUCUGCUCUUCUAGCUCUCAAGACUUUUUCAAGUUUUCUUUGGAAGUUCUUCUCAGGUUAAAAACCAGAAUUUCGAGGCAUUUUUCAUCCUCUGCUAUUAACGUGGCAUCAACGUAUCCAGGAUGCAAUGAUGGAUUGUGGCUGGAAUCCCACUCCUGCGGUAGCUAUCAAAGUAUUUACCCUGAGUUGAUAUAGUAAAAAUUACCCAGCUGUGUGAGUGGGUAAAUCAGAGUAAUUUUAGUGUAUCACCCCAAUGUAAUGGUUUAUAGCAACAGAUGUUCUUUCCAUCAAUUUUGAAUCCACCUCAUUAAAAAUGUCGAGCAAGAGU